AUGGAUGGCUUGAUUGUCCACAGUGGUACCGGGACUCCUGGUGGCUACCAUGAUCACAUAGAGUCAGCAGGGCCAUCUUCUCCAUACGUUGAAUGUCAAAUCGAGCUACAGGAGUCCCAAGUGAGAGUGAAUCAGCAGAACGAGAGUGAAAAUGAGCAAUCUGGGCUAAGAGAAUUCUCUUUACCGCCGGUCGAUGGAGGCAGAGAUGCUUGGUUAUGCCUAGCGGGAGCGUUUGUUUUUGAGAUGAUGAGUUGGGGCUUUCCAUACUCUUUCGGUGUUUUCCAAGACUACUAUACCACAAACGAGCCAUUCAGCCAAGACAAAUCGCUUGUCUCGAUGAUAGGUUCAUGCGCCUUGGGCAUUAUGUACUUGGCUUCGCCUGUCAGCUUGUUUAUCAUUCAACGAUGGCCUCAUCUCAGUCGAGUGAGCAUUGUUGUUGGUCUUGCGAUAGUGCUGAUUGCGAUUGUCUCGUCUUCGUUCGCCACCCGUGUAUGGCAGCUCUUGUUAACCCAAGGAAUUGUUUAUCCGCUCGGUGCGUGUAUGCUCUAUUAUCCAGUGUUAGUAUUCAUUGACGAGUGGUUUGUAAGGAGAAAAGGACUGGCAUAUGGAGCCUGCUGGGCUGGGACCGGCGUCGCGGGUGUGAUAUUUCCAAACGUUGCAAAGCUGGCACUCUCACGUUUCUCAUUUCGAGUCACCAUGUGGGCAUGGGCUGUCAUCGUCUUCUUGCUUGUGUCUCCUUUCCUACCAUUUGUGAAGCCUCGUGUCCAAGUAUCCGCCACACAGACCCGGAAGCCACAACAUAUCAGCUUUACGUUCCUCAAGUCCCCCUCAUUCCUUAUAUUUCAACUUGGGAAUCUCCUCCAAGGCUUAGGAUAUUUUGCCCCAACACUCUACCUCCCCACCUUCUCCAGACAAGUAGCUGGCGAAUCCGGCUUCGGCACAACAGUUGCGCUUACAGCCAUGAACGCCGGCAUGGUAGUUGGCUUCAUUCUCGUCGGAUUUCUCAUUGACCGCUGGCACGUAGCCGACGUCAUCUUCCUAGCCACGAUAGGCACUGUCAUCUGCGUGGUCGUGUUAUGGGGCGUGUCUGUCUCCCUGCCUCCUCUGUGCGUGUUUGCCGUCCUCUACGGUGUCUUCGCCGGCAGUGCCAGCGCAACAUGGCCUGGCAUCGUGCAUAACGUCAAAGAGAAAGACCAGUCGGCUCCAGUGGGCCUUUUGCUGGGUUCAUUCACGGCCAUCCGCGGUGUCGGCUCCAUAGCCUGUGGCCCGAUAAGUGAAGCCGUGAUUAAUUCCAAGUGGCCCUGGUCAGGAAGGUCAUUUGCCUUGGCGUAUGGAACGAACUUUGGUGGGCUUAUUGUCUUCACGGGGGUCACGGCGUCGUUCGGAGUGGUGGGCUUCACGGCGCGCAAACUGGGUCUGCUUCAUUGAAUAUUGAACUCAUUGCGGGUAGGUAGCAUGGAUAGUAUGGUGUGAAGGACCAGAUUUUGAACUGUCUUGAAUAUAUGUUGUUAAAAUCCUAUUUCAUAUACUAAGCACAUGCCGCCAUUAUAGGGAGUAAUUUUCCCAGGGGACAAAUGGCAUAGACAAAACUACAAGGUAUCACGUAAAUUAAAUACAUUGAAGUUAAUCUCUGACAACACCCGAAACCAACGCAUUC